UUCUUGGCCUUGCCUGCUGCCAGGUACCUCCCCUUUUCUCCUUUUGUUUUACUGUCGAGCAGGAGACCAGUUUCCUGCCGAUCCCGGAAUAUUGUGGAGGGCCAGGGGAAGGCCACCUUCCUCCACUUCCUCCCUCUUUCUCUCCCUCCCUCCUUCCCUCGGUGCUGGGAUUCCUUCUCCCACUCCUCCUUCCUUUCCCUCCCUUCUUCUUCUUCUGCAAGUUCCCUGGAAGAGGAGACAAGAGCUUGCCGGGGGGGGGAGGCUUUCCUCUCUCCCCUUUCCCUCCCCUCAGCAGAGCCCUUGGGAACUUUGGACCCAAAGAGGGACCCUCUGUCUCCGGCCUCCAGGGGCAGGUGCAGCAGCUGGAGCAGAAGAUGGGGAGAGGCUUCUCGGAGGAGGAGGAGGCGUGAGGGGCAGCUGCCUUUGUCCCCUUGCGGUGGCCCAUGGCUGAAGCCUGGAGGCUCGAGGAGGACGAGGAGGAGCUGAAGGAGCUGGGCAGCAGCAGGAGGCAGAGGAGGGCCAGCCUCAACCCCUCCGCAGCAUUCCAACUUCUGAGACAGGCCACGAUGAAGCUGCCAAUCAGAAGCAGGAGGGAAGUUCUCCGAUGCUGUUUACAUGGUCUGUGAUUUCUCUUUCUCACUUCUGAUGUCGUACUACUUGGAAAGCCCUCUUAUUUUGUUGCUGUUACAUAUCUGAAUACACAUUUCCAGCAUCCAAUAGAAAACAGUUUGAAAGGAAACAUCUCUCUGUUCCUCUGUAGUCUCAGGACAAAACAAUAAAAAAGAAUUACUAAAUAAAAACAGAAGGCUACAGCAGAACUGGAAAUAAAUUACAUCCGUGUUGUGUGUGUGUGCUCACGCCUGUUGUCAUCUAUCAUUAAGAUCGUUCUGAGAGAAGUAAAUCUGAUCAUCGUUCAUCAGGCCAAGGCCCCCUGUCAUCUAUUAAAGCAGCAAUCAAGAGAACACUCAUGAAUAGUGCACAUCAAAUAUGCCCCGUGGAAGAGCUUCUCGGACAUCUGGCCACAGUGAACAACAGAGAGACAGAAGACGCCCUGAAAUCACAAUAGUUGCAGCUGAGCCACUUGGGCCAUCCUCCUGGUUUCCAGGUGGAAAUCAUGUCCCUCAACAGGGGCUAGUAUUUCAAUCAUCUCACACCCAGGCUAUUUGGAGAACAAGUGAGCUUGUUCCAGCAGAGCCUCCUUCAUAUGAGCAGGUAAUCAAAGAAAUCAAUCAAGUACAAGUCAACACAACCAGCAACAAUAAUGCUGCCACCGCUGCUUAUUCUAGACGUACUGCUACAUCUUCAACACAGACUGACUUUCCAGAAGAGAUAAUCAAAAGUUUGCCAAGCGUAAAUGUGAAAAAUAAUCUACAUGCUCUUUCUGAAUGCAAAAGCACUCCAGGUGUCCAAAUUCCUCGCAUGCCACCUAGACCUUCAUCAUCUCUGCUGAAUAGCAAUCAUUCUAUAAAUGCAGAACUCCUAGUUGUUUUAGAAGACCAGUCUUGUCAGGAGAAGCCUAAUGCUGUGAUAUAUCCUAUUCCAAAACCAAGAUCAAAAGGCAAUCUGAAACCUAUUGUUACAGAUAUUCAAAAUAAUAUACAAGGCAAUCAAGUAGAAACAAGGCAGUCAGAGACUGAAAAGGAUACGCCCUCAAUUCACUUUGUCUCACUACUAGAUGACAACUUUUGGGACAGUCACAUGGUGAUGGAAAAUAUGGAUACAGACAAGAGCCAAAGUAGUAUAGUAUCCCGCAUUAAAGCCUUUGAGAUGCAAACUAAUAUGGAACCUUCAGGAUUAACAAAGAAGCCAGAAGUAUCUCCACGCUCAUUAGGCCCCAAACCUGUAGUGAGUGCAAAAAAACCUGUAGUGGCACCAAAGCCAGGGGCUAACAGAACUUCAGGUGAAUGGGACUCAUGGACGGAAACCAAACUAAAGACCAUUUCCCAGGAGAGGCCCCUUCCGCUUCAGGGCACUGGGAGCAACAUUAUAACCAAGCCUGAAUUGCCAAAGAAACCUAAACCAGUCAUUGUAAAAAGCAGCAGUAAUGGUCUACUCAAUUCAGGAACCAAACCAGCUUCAGAAAAUAAUGAAGGACAGAGAAAGUCUCCUGUUCCUACUCCUAGACCAGUUGUUCCCAGGAAAUCUGUCUCUUUUGAAAAUCCUGUUCUUCCUUUACUUCCACUGAAACCAGUAAGUGCUACUCCCAGGCUUUCCGUAGCUGCUCAAACAAGUGCCUUUAGAUCCCUGGUGGAGACCCCCACAAGUGGUCCCUCAACAACCUCAGUGCAGAGUACAUCAUCUGCAGAGGGAGACCUGAUCAGCUUUGAUGAUGAAGUUUUACCUGUUAACUCAGCUGGGAUGCUUCAAGAACUAACACGGUCAGAAUCAGAUCUUCUCAACUUGAUUUCUAAACCUGAGCCUGCAAAAGAACAUGUAGCUCAACCAGCUGUUGUCAGGAAGCCAACUGUAAUCCGAAUCCCAUCUAAACCAGCAAAAGCUUUAAAUGAAGUUGCAGAAAGUCCUCCUCCACUUCCUACAGAGAAACCAAUUGGGAACACAUCUGGCAUUUCAGCUGGAAAACCAAACAAUAUCAUAACUACCAAAAAAGUGGAGUCUGAGUAUUCCAAUUCAUCACAGUUGUACAAGAAUCAACCUUUCAUGCCUCCAAGGCCUAGUGAGGGAAAAAUGGUGCCAGCUCGACCUCCUCCACCUAAGGGUGCUCCAGGAAGACCACCACCACCAAAGUCCACCAAGUCCUCAUCACAAACUGGCAGAUUUUCUCGUUCAGCAUCAGACAUGGCUCUCCACAAGAAAUCCAGUCUGUUUGGAUUAGAAGUCAAGCAAACAAAGAGUGAUGUCAUUAAAAACCUUGACCCAGCUUUACCUCCUCGACCUAAACCAGGUCAUCCUCUAUAUAAUAAGUACAUGCUUCCUGUGCCCCAUGGAAUUGCCAAGGAAGAUAUUCCUCUCCAAAAUACUGGACAUCUCUCUUGCAAGCAGGGAGAUGUGCUUGUGCUGGUGGACAAGGUUGACAACAGUUGUGUUGAGUGUCAAAAGGGAAAAGAAAAAGGCAAGGUUCAGUUGUCCCAAAUGCAGAUAAUAACUCCACUGGAUGACAGUUUAAAAAGUAAACAGAAGGGUUCAGACAAUAUGUGGAAUGUUUCUGAUCCAAGUGCUCCUCAUGCAGUAGUGCUGCAUAAUUUUAUAGCAGAACAAACUGGUGAUUUGGACCUCAACUCUGGCGAGAUAGUUUAUCUUCUGGAAAAAAUAGAUGAUGAGUGGUACAGAGGAAAAUGCAUGAAUCGCACAGGGAUUUUUCCUGCUAGCUUUGUCAAAGUUAUUGUUGAUAUCUCAAGGGAAAACAACAGGAGAAAAACACCCUUUUCAUCACCAAGUAUCGUAGGGCCUAGGUGUAUAGCUCGAUUUGAAUACAUUGGAGACCAGAAAGAUGAAUUAAGCUUUUCAGAAGGUGAAAUCAUAAUUUUGAAAGAAUAUGUCAAUGAAGAAUGGGCUGAAGGAGAACUGAGAGGCACCUCAGGAAUUUUUCCCUUGAACUUUGUGGAAAUCAUAGAAGAUCUACCUGAACCAGGUGGAGGAUCACCACUGAAAAAUAAGAAUUCUGCACCUGUCAAAGAGUCGGAUGGACAUGCUGGAGAGUGGUGUGAUGCGCUCCAUGAUUUUACAGCAGAAACUCAGGAAGAUUUAUCUUUUAAAAAAGGAGACCAUAUUUUGAUAUUGGAGCACUUGGACUCAGAGUGGUACAGAGGAAGACUAAAUGGGAAGGAAGGGAUUUUCCCUGCAGUGUUCGUCCAUGUUUGCUCAGGAAAUGCACAAGUAUCACAGCCUGCAGAUGGGAAGAAAGAAAAAGCCAAGGCCCUAUAUGACUUCCAUGCUGAGAACAUAGAUGAACUCUCCUUCAAAGUUGGUGAUAUUAUAACAGAACUGGAAUCUAUAGAUGAAGAAUGGCUGAGUGGAAAACUACAUGGCAAAUCUGGAAUUUUUCCAAAAAACUUCGUCCAGAUUAUACAACUUUCCUAAGGAUGAAAUAGUUCUGAACAAUCUGCCAAUACAAGUGAAUACCUUACUAGCACAGAAGCACAUUAUACGCUGGCAGCAAAGGUUGCCAUUUAUGAUCAUUUGAUUGAACCUUUGACUAUCAAAUGCAUUUUUGCACUAUUUUUAUAUUAAAAAAAAACAUUAGAUUGUAAAAUACUUUUAUUUUCCCAUUGUCAGUUAGAUACCCCUCUUCCCAUUCAUUGGUCCAAGAAUCAAAUUUGAUACAGUACCUAUUUAAGCUGCCUGAAUUUUAACCAUUUUAGCACUCUCAAAUUCAACUGUGUAUUCACAAGUACUGCCUGAAUUGCACACCUUUAUUUCCAGUACAAAUAACAUGGCACACUUUCCCAAUAAAUUUGUAACAGCCACUGUGUGAAAGCAAUACAUCCUCAUGUAUAGCAUAAUCUGUAAAGUACAGGGCUGGGGAUUUUAUUUUACUCUUUUACUCAGAGCAAGUAAAUUACCCAUUGCUUAGUGCAUCACUUAUUUUAUGUCAGAAGGAAUUAAAAUAUCCUAAAGCAUCAAGAUUUGCUGGAAUUAGUUGUAGUUAUCUGAGCAAUACCUUAACAAUGGAUGAAAACAUUUUGUCUGUUUAACCUCUUAUCUACUGUGACUGAUAGUGGUUCUCCAGGGUCAUAAGCAGUGGCAUCUUCAGUCAUCUGCUAGUUGAUCCUUUCAUCUAAACAUGGAAAGGUUGAACCUAAACUGUGUCCAAGACAUAUAUUCUGCCACUGAGCUGGCUUGUGGCCCUUUUCCCACCCUGCUCAUUUAAAUAGGUAACUGUCAAAGAAAGGUCUAUGUGAGUAAUGGGUUCCACUAUCUAUUAAUUGUAUUACAUUUUUAUAUCCACAAGGCUUCUUUAUAGAUUCAUGUUUCUUGUAUCCUUCAUUCUUUUAUCAUUUUAGAUUUUUCUAGACCAUGUAAUCACUUGUCUUUUUUCACUGUCUGUUUUCAAGAAUCAUGUUGUACUUAGAAAGUAUGUGGUGCUUCAUGUUCAUAAGAUAUGCAUAUGUGAAAAUAUGUGUCAUUGCCAUAGCUUUUUAUUCUUAUAAUAAUGUACAUGAUAUCAUUGCUACAGAAGUGUUUCAGUCUGUUUUUUCCUUUUCUGUUCAUUAGAUUUUCUCUGUCUCUUCAAACAAUGUAAUAGCUAAAGUAAGCUGUUGGAAAGAAUCAAGCAAAACCUGGCUUUUCCUACUUUCCCCAUGCAAUUGAAGCUUGCUAAACAUAAGAGAAAAGCAGCAGG